AUGCCGAGCUCAAAAUCGGGAUCUACUGGGCACGAUCCACCCAAUUCUGGACCAGAUGAUGGUGAAGCUGGACCGUUGAUUUCAAACGAUGCUGCCAUGGCAUCUGAUCUUGCGACACACGACGCAGAAGCAAAGCGCUUGCAAGCCGAGAUUGAGUUACACUCGUCGGCAAUUCAAGAGGCCCAUUGCAAGAUGCUUUCCAGCCAGUCGCUCAGCAAGGCUUAUCAGAACCUUGAAAAGAAUAAGAAGAAGCAGAAAACUGCCAAAUCUCGCUCUAGUCACCAGAGAAGGCCCCACCAGCCAAUUAGUGGAGACGUCUGUAACCUUGUGGAACGCUCAAUCUUUGAUCAAAACAAGAAACAAACUGAGGUCGCCAAAGACUUUCAAAUUUCCGACCGGCAAAUCACCAGUGAUAUCUUGGUUUCCAUUCUUCUGCACCUGGAAGAAGACCCAAAAUCAACUCUUUCCGACCUCGCGAAAUUAUCUAGCUCCGCUUUCCCUGGCCCUCCUCCCACAAGCUCUCAACCUCUGCGCCCCACGCACCACACAAGCCAGCCAGCAGUUAAUUUCCCGCUCAACAACAACAUUGACCUUACUGUCUCCAACUCCUCCGACAACAACACCCCUGCUCCCAACAAGCUCCCCUUCCACUGCAACUAA